AUGGGUAAAAUUUCAGCUGCUUUGCAUCACACACUUACUUGCAAAUUCCCUUCUUGCGAAAGUAAACUAUUUAGCAAAGUAACUCCCGAUUUCAAAAAUAAAAGGUUCUUUAAAUUCCCAUCAAAUCUUGAAAGGUGCAAAAUUUGGAAGACCAUCUGCAAUAUCAGCCCUUAUAUCAAAGUUACUAGUAGUUCCCGUUUAUGUGAAGAUCACUUUACAUCAUCAGAUUUCAAUAAUCCUGAAAAUCCGGUACGUUUAAGCAAUAAAGCUAUUCCCAGAUCUUCUAUCGAAAUCGCAACUGGUUACGAUCAUUCCAGUGUUAACAUUAUUGAUGAAACAACUGAUUCAAUUGUUCCGGUUCCCCAAAGUCCUGCCCUUGCAACUUUUCAUUCUUUGUCCAAUUGUAGCAUUGUAAAUGACCAUUGCUAUGUUAACACCAUCACCGAGUCUCAAGAUAAUGGUUUUAUUGAAACAUCACCAAAUUCUGCAGCCUGUUCUCCUGAUAUUGCAACUCAAUCUUUGUCUGAUUUGAGCAUUGAGAGUGAUCAUUGCUAUGCUCGUCAUAUUUGGACUGAAGCUUCAUUUCCUGAAAAACCUUCGAAUAACCCUGAGGAGUUCACUUUCACAUCGUACCAAUCCUCAUCUGAUCUCCAAACGUGUAAUUCAACUUCUAAACUGUCAGUAACCCCACAAAAUAUCGAUCUAGAGAACCCCCCAUUAUAUUCAGCCAAAAACACUAAACCCAAUGCAGGUAUUUCAUUUCUCCUAGAAAAAAAUACUGGUAUCUUGAGGAAAGCUGGCCUUAGUAAGUUCAAUAUAUCACCUGAACAAAGUAUUAGGUACAAAGUUCAUAGAAAUGUACUUUCAAAAUUGAGUAAAUUGAAAUCUCAACUCAGACAUCAGCGGAGUAAAAUCAAAUCUUCAAACACCUUAUAUGAUAAAGGGGAGUUCAUCGGAACUCCCCUUUUCUAUUCCUAUGGAGAGAGGAUUCCUCUCUGUCGACUGUGGCGUUUCUGUCAGCUUAUCUCAGGGUUUUAG